AUGUGCAUUCUUGGCCUUGUGCAAAGUCGUCAUCCCUAUUUCCUAUUCAUUCUGGUUGACAACAGAGAUGAAAAUCCCUCUCGCUCCACAGGCAAUAUUGGUUGCAGAAUAGAUGCAGAAACUGGUUAUAGAAUUAUUUCAGCUGUUGACAAUAAGGAAGGAGGCACUUGGAUGGGAUUCAACGCAGACACAAAAAACUAUGUUGUGCUCACCAAUGUGUUUGGUCCUCAAUGUAUUCCAUCCUUACAAAUGUUAGAUCAAGAAACAACUGAAAGUAACGGAACGUCAACUUCUCCAAUCGUCAUUUCGAGGGGUGUGAUCGUGAGUGGAAUUUUGAACUUUUCUAAAAAAUUGACGACCAUGCAAGAUGUGAGCGAAUUACAACAUCAAGUAUUGAAUCAAUAUUUUGGAGAAGGGAAAUAUAUGAGGGGAUUUAAUAUUAUAAUGGGUAAUUUGAGUGAAAUUUCAGAAAAAUCAAAAAUGUUUUACAUGACCAAUAGAGACGAAAAUGCUCUAGAUACUUUUCAAAACCAUUACAUGAUUAGAGAAUUAGAACAUGAUCAAAUUCAUAUUGUAUCCAAUUCAUAUUUAAACGAUUCAACAAAUGAGCUUUACAAGAAAUACAAGAUUGAUUUAUUACGCAAUUUAUUGGAUGAGACAAUGAAAAAAACUCAACACGUUACAAAUGCAUGUGAAAUGAGAAACGAGUUGGAGAAAUGUAUCACCAAUCGAUUAUCUGAUUUCUACGACGGUUGUAUUGUCAGGAAUACUUUGGAACAAGCAGAUUCAAUGGAUUUUAAAAAGAAUCCUGAAUUAUUGAAAUAUAUUCCGCCACAUUGGAUGGCCGAAGAGCAAACUGUAGAACACUUUAGAUUGCGUUACGAUUCCCAUUUCAACAUCUUUGUGAAUAGGACCUACUUUAAAACAAGAUCUCAAAGUAUUAUUUUGGUUGAUGUGUUGGGUAAAGUGCAUUACUUUUACAGAGACACAGAUUUAUUGUUUCUCUCUGAACAUGGCGAGAGGAAAGAGCUUGCCACACCUUUGAACCGUCAUGAGGAGUUGGUUUCUGAAAAUAAUGAGAUGAUGAUGCAUGAACGAUCAAAAGCAGAAAUUGAAGACAUUCAAAAACAAAGAUCUGUCGAAGUGUCAAGUCGACGUUUAACUUGGGAACACAUUUGUAUCGAGUAA